UGCAUUUUAUUAGCCUUAAUAAAUAAGUAACAUUCAGGGUUGUUGUUUUUUUAUAUCAAAAGCAUUUGAAAAGCUUAGCUUUUUAAGUACUGUAAAUGAGUCUUAAGUUCGUGGCUCAUGCAACUGUUCCUUUGCAGCACGACGGCAAUGUUCUGCACGCGCGUUCAUGGUAACGUGCACGGCGCUAGGCGCGUUCCCGCAAGAACAUUUAAUGACCAAUGGACGCCUAUGUUUGCAUUUACGCUGUUUACGUAGUGAACUUCUCUAGACAAUCUAUUUUAAGCUGCAUUUUAGCAACAGCGCCCUCUAUGGUCACAACAUACGGUGGUCACAGAUUCUGGUGUAACACCGGCAGCAGGACCUGCUCCAGCUACCAAAACACAGGUUAAUUACAGAUGUCACGAGGUGGAAUAUCUCUUAUGACAUGAUAGAUAGAUUUUUAGAACAACCACCAGCCAUCUGUGCAGCACUACUUUCAACAGAGGUCAGAAAGUGUGAAAAGGAUGUCUUCACAAUGAAUGAAGCUCACAUCACAUGUGCUGAGGAAGUGCUCAAGGCACUAAAGCCAAUUAGGAAUGCCACAUUGGUAAUGUCAGAAGAGAGCAUGCCCACUCUUUCUGUCAUUGCACCACUUUAUUCAAAGCUUGUUAUGGGCUCAGAAGAAAGCCCAGAUGAUACAAAGUCCGCAAAGGACAUCAAGGCUGCUAUAGCACAAGAUCUGGGAAAGAGAUAUGCCAAUGAGAGGAAGACACUGUGCAUGGCAUCAGCUCUGGAUCCAAGGUUUAAGGAUCUACCCUUUCUCUCUGAAAUGGAGAUCAAAGAGACCUACUCCAGAAUGACGGAUGCUGUGGUGGCUGCCAUAAAGAAGCAACAAAAUCAGGAAGCUAGAGAAGUAGAGGAGACUGACCAGUCAAAGGAUGUUGAAGAUCACCUAUCUGACUAUGAAGAUGGCUCUGCCUACACCUCCCUGCAACCCAUAAAGAGGCCAAGGAAAUCAUGUACAUUGGCUGACUUGCUUGGAAUGGUAUUUGCCACUUCUGAAAACAACAUGGCACCAAAAUCUGCACAUGAUACUGCUGCAUCUGAGAUUAAGAGGUUUAGAGAAGAAAAACCUUUGCCUCUCCAAGAAAACCCACUCAGUUGGUGGAAAGAACAUGAAGAUGCGUACCCUGAGCUAUCCAAACUAGCAAAGGGUUUCCUGUGCAUUCCGGGAACAAGUGUUACCUGCGGAAAGAGGAGAGGAGGAGACAUUGUAACUGCACAUAGAAGUGCCCUGACAUCUGAGCAUAUUGACCAGCUUAUCUUUCUUCAGAAAAACCUUGACAUUAAAUAAAAAGACAAAUAUAAAUACAAAUGAAAGAAACCUGUAAAAUCCAAGUUUAAAGGUUCUGAGAAGGUUCAACAUCUGUAAAUAUUUUAUUGUUUAUAUUUUUGUUUUGUUUUCUUUAGGAAUCCUGCAAGCACUUUAUUUUUCAUUGAUAUAAAGCAGAUGUAA